AUGUCCGUCCGCAAGAUUCUCGUCGCUGGUGCAACCGGCAAGCAAGGCGGGGCAGUAGUCAACGCUCUUGUCGCUAACCCGCCUCCAUACCCUCAUGAGAUCCUUGCCCUAACCCGCAAUACCGAAUCUGCUGCCGCCAAAGAGCUAGCCUCCAAAUCGAACAAGAUCACCCUCCUGCCCGGCGACCUCAACGACUGCCAGUCUAUCUUUACUAAAGCCGGCAGCAGUGGUAGCGUUUGGGGGGUCUUCAGUGUACAAUUGCCUGCCAUGGGUCAAAAAAACGUCUCCGAAGAUAUCGAAGAAAAACAAGGUACAGCUUUGGUCGAUGCGGCCCUCUCCUCCGGCGUCAAACACUUUGUCUACACCUCGGUCGAUCGCGGCGGAUCAAACUCGAUCAAUGAGCCCACUAAUAUUCCCCAUUUCAUCUCCAAGCACAAUAUCGAGGUCCAUCUCAUCGAAGCAGUCAAAGAUCCAAAGAAAAAUCCACAGGGAAUGACCUACACCAUCCUCCGCCCCGUUGCCUUUUUCGACAACCUGACACCAGACUUUCUCGGCAAAGGCUUUGCCGCCAUGUGGAGUAAUAUGGGCGUUGUACCUCUUCAACUUGUCGGCACGAGGGAUAUUGGUAUCUUCGCCGCCAUGGCCUUCUCCAAGCUUGAUUCUGACCCAAAAGUCUUCCUCAACAACGCUAUCUCCCUCGCUGGUGAUGAAUUGACUCAAGCCGAGGGCUCGAAGGUCUUCGAGAAAGUUUACGGAAAGAAGAUGCCUAUCACUUUCGGGUUUGUAGGUAGUAUGAUUCAGUACUUGGUGAAGGAGUUAGGGACUAUGUUCAAGUGGUUUGUAGAUGUCGGCUACAAAGCUGACAUUGCGGAGAAUAAGAGGCUGAACCCGGACAUGCAAGACUUUGAGGCAUGGUUGAGAGAGGAAAGCAAGUUCAACGAGAACAAAUAG